UCAAUCCGAUUCUCUUUUGUUAAAAUCUAAAGUUAGAAAAAAGAUUUAAUUUUUAUAUAUAAGAGCCCUCCUUCACCAACCUCCUCUCUGUUCAGCCUGUGAUCCCUUUGUUCUUUCUCCAUGGCCACCAUUUCCAAGCUCUCUAAUCCCACCCCAGCCGCUUCCCUUUCAUCAUCUUUCAAAUCCAGAUAUUCUUCCUCUCUUAAAUGCUUCGUUGGCUUCCCUGCCAAACCCGGCUUCAACUCCAAGCUGCUUUCAUCUUCAUCCUUGUCCUCGAUUAACAACCACCCUUUCAAGAGCUCCUUGGUUGUCAGAUGUUCUGUUGUUGAUGGAAAUGGUAGUUCAGUGAAGAGGACUAGUUUGCAUGAUCUCUAUGAGAAAGAAGGGCAGAGUCCAUGGUAUGACAACCUUUGUCGGCCGGUCACCGAUUUGCUGCCGCUGAUUGAAAGUGGAGUUAGAGGUGUCACUAGUAACCCAGCGAUUUUCCAGAAAGCUAUAUCGUCAUCAAAUGCUUACAAUGACCAAUUCAGGGAACUUGUACAGUCAGGAAAAGAUAUCGAAAGCGCAUAUUGGGAGUUAGUGGUGAAGGACAUUCAAGAUGCUUGCAAACUUUUUGAGCCAAUCUACGAUCAAACAGAUGGAGGUGAUGGUUAUGUUUCUGUCGAGGUUUCUCCCAGACUAGCUGAUGAUACUAAUGGGACAAUUGAGGCAGCCAAAUAUCUUCAUAAAGUGGUUGAUCGUCCCAAUGUGUACAUUAAGAUCCCUGCAACAGCACCAUGCAUUCCUUCGAUCAAGGAAGUUAUCGCGAACGGCAUAAGUGUGAAUGUCACCCUCAUAUUUUCACUUGCUAGAUACGAAGCUGUCAUUGAUGCCUACCUGGAUGGCCUUGAGGCUUCUGGGUUGAGUGAUCUCUCCAGGGUUACAAGUGUGGCUUCCUUCUUUGUCAGUCGGGUAGACACCCUCAUUGACAAAAUGCUCGAAACAAUUGGAACACCAGAAGCCCUUGAUCUCGGAGGAAAGGCUGCAGUAGCGCAAGCAGCACUGGCAUACAGGCUCUACCAGAAGAAAUUCUCCGGUCCAAGAUGGGAGGCUUUGGUGAAGAAGGGUGCCAAGAAACAGAGGUUGCUGUGGGCCUCAACUAGUGUCAAGAACCCUGCCUACCCUGACACUCUAUAUGUCGCUCCUCUUAUCGGACCUGACACAGUUUCAACCAUGCCCGACCAAGCUCUCCAAGCCUUCAUAGAUCAUGGCACGGUUUCAAGGACGAUAGAUGCCAACGUGUCUGAAGCAGAAGGCAUCUAUAGUGCACUAGAGAAGUUGGGGAUCGAUUGGGGCAAAGUCGGCUCACAACUGGAAGACGAGGGAGUGGAGUCUUUCAAGAAAAGCUUUGACAGCCUUCUUGACACAUUACAAGAGAAGGCAAACACUCUUAAAUUUGUGACAUCUUAGGUUUGUCCGUCACUGCAACCAAAUAAAAGGAGCGGGAUCUUGGUUGGUGCUUGGUGAGCGCUACGUGGAAUGUUGGAUAUCAUGUAAUAUGGAAGUGUUUGUUUAAUGGAACUUUUAUAUUGUGCU